UCUCCCGAGGAACUAAACAUAAUGUUUAUUUGCGCGGUUUCUCUAAUUGUUACUACAGUCCUAUUGUUAUUUAGUGUGGAAGUUUGCACCGCAGAUUUCAUUCAUAACAUUUCAAAAGAAAAAGUUGAUGGAAAAGUGAUAAGAUUCUGUGAGUAUAAAUUGACCAAGAUGCUUCCAAAGUCGAAAAUACUUGAUGCAGAAGCUUGCCUGCAGUGCUCUUGUACUAAACAGGGUCUUUUAUGCAAAAACAUAACGCAUGUUCCUGGUUGCGAGGUUGUACACGGUGGAAAAGUUCCGCAAAACCCUUAUGAUAUUAAAUGGAUAAAAAUGAUAACAAGUAUCAGUCCGAAGAAACACAUAUCUUUGUUAAAAAUUCUUCAAGUCAAAACAGAGGUUGGUUUAAGAAAAUUGUACUUCAUACAGAUGCUCGUUGUGGAUGUAAGAAUAUUUCAAUAGUACUAUAUAC